GAAGAAAAGAAGGGCCUGAUUAUGUUUGUGUGUCUUGUCAUCAUUUAAUGUACAGACAGAUAUACUGGUCUUGAAUAGGGAUAAGUACGAAAAGCUACCUCAGGCACAUUGCUAGUAAUUGACGAAACGUAAGGCCUCAGCUUGUCCAACUCUUGACGUGAGAGCGCCAUUGGCAUAACAUACGGGAUGUUAACAAACACGAACCUACAGACCCGGAUGUACCGCCUAGUUACAUGCACACUUGCGCUAACAUUACACAUUGCACUGCAAGCCCUGAUGUCGAGGCACGUGAUUCGUGACCAUGGCGAAAACUUAUGAUUACUUAUUCAAGCUGCUUCUCAUCGGAGACAGCGGCGUCGGAAAGACGAAAAUUCUCGUCCGUUUCUCUGAUGACACCUUCAAGUCGACCUUCAUCUCAACAAUUGGGAUCGACUUUAAGAUAUGCACGGGGGAGUUAGAAGGAAAGAAGAUCAAGCUGCAGAUAGGGGACACUGCAGGUCAGGAACGAUUCGGAACCAUCACAACUACAUACUACCGAGGCGCAAUGGGAAUCAUGCUCGUUUACGACAUCACAGCUGUAAAGUCAUUUGAGAAUAUCAAGAAAUGGCUUGGAAACGUUAAAGAGUAUGCAGCAGAAGACGUCGUGAGGAUGAUAUUGGGGAACAAAUGUGAUAUGACGGAUGAACGAAAAGUCAAGAAAGAGAAAGGAGAAAUGCUGGCAGCAGAGCACGGCAUCAAAUUCAUGGAAACGAGCGCCAAAACAGGCCAAGGAGUCGAAGAAGCGUUCCUCACUCUAGCUAGAGACAUCAAAGCAAAAAUGGACCAAAAAUCGGAUCCAGUGGAGUCUGGUGGUGGUAGUUCGGGUGGAGUGACAGCGACGGUACAGAGGCUGACGGACAGACCUCGACGGUCGUGCUGCACUUUGAUGUAAACGAAUUGGACUGUGGGUUGUAUAAUAGCGGAGUACUGAGAUGAGUGACGGUGGAGAGAGGGGCCGCUCUGAUAGUUUAGUGACAGACAUUGUGAUUUCGCUUCGAUUUUGUAUACAAUAGCUGCGGGUAUAUUGGGUAUUGUGUUUGGCACCUUGUAUUGUUGUAAACUAUGGGAGACGCAAAGAGAAGGAAAGUGAUU